CCGCCGCCCCCGCCGCCAGAGCUGCCGCCUCCCGCGGCGCCUGCGCAGUAGGGUCCACCGGCGCGCCGACGAUCGGCGGGGGCGGAUUCGCCGGUCGCGACAGGGGUAGAGGGAGGGCUCUUAACGGCCGCGGUGGCGCCGUGGCGGCGGCAGGACCAACUCGAAAUCAGCUCGACGCGGGAAGACGCGUUCACCCGGAGGCUCCGACGCUUCCUCCGGAUCCCAGGAAGCGCUUCAUCAAGCCGCCGACCCCGGUCGCGCGCCUCGCGACACACGGCCUCGCGCAGGGCACGACGCGCGCAAUUAAGCGCCCCCACGACGAGAAGGCAGUCGACCACCAGCACCCGUCGCGUGCGGGGCCAGUUCCACUAGUCGCCCAGAAGACCUACAGGAUGGUGACAGCAGAGAGCAGAAUUCCAUCCUGCGCGAUGAAAAAGCCCCUGCUGAGGCAAAAGAUCCUGGAGAAGGUGAAGCUCUCAGAGAGUCGUAAGUCCACUAUCUUGGCCGGGCAUACCAUGUUCACCAACCCCGAGAGCCCCGACACGCCGCCGAGCAAGGCCCCGAAACCGAACGUGACCUCCACGCCGGUGGUGCAGAUCGGCAAGUCCACUGUCACGGUGUCAGAGAAGGAGGAAUCCUUGAACGACACUUUUAGCUUGGGUAACCAGCCGCAGAAGCAGGGCUCGCUCAUUGAGAACAAAAACUCCCAGACGGUGACGUUGUUCGAGCCGGCCGUCCAGGAAGACGAGAAGGUCGACUCCAGCAUGAAGGUUUUCGGAGAGACUCGGUUGUUGUUGCCUAUAGGAAAGUCCGGAACAGGGUUGAGCGGAGGCAACACAACGACCAAGACGAGGGUGUCCGAGAACGUGACCUUCGACUUGGCGAAAAGUCCCCCGUCGUCCUCAGUGGCGAAACCCUACCCAGGUGGAAUCCCCUCCCCCAAGGGAACGGCACUCGAGAGAACGCAGAAUUGUUCGGCCAAGCAACAGCAACAACCCCAGCGACCCGGGGAAGCUGCACCGUUGUCGGCGACGUUCCUGAAAUCCCAGAACGUCGCGUUGAACCGCUCAUUCAUCGGCCCUAUGGCGGAUUACUUCGCUGGCAAGGGUUGCAAGGUCUCCCCGAUCAAGUCUAUGACCGGACCAACGGGUGCUUUACAUGUCCAGCGCGAUACGUUUGUACGAGAGAAAACCUGCUGUGCGUCUUCGGCGACCCAACGGCGCAACCGCGAUCCCGUCGAGAAGAAGGCCAUCGCCGUGGUGGACGCGACUUUUGAUUUGCUCUCGAACCCCCUUCGGAGCGACUCAUCUGUAAAAGACGAAACCUACUGUGCGUCCUCGGCGACCCAACGGCGCGACCGCGCCUCCGUCGAGAAGAAGGCGUUCUCCGUGGUGGACGCGACCUUCGACGUUAACUCGAGCCCCCUGCGCAGCGAUUCGUCCAGGGUCUCCUUCAGCAUACUCACCGAGGAGGAAAUGCAGUGCACGUUCCUGGAGGUCGGCGACUCGGUGUCCAGUUCAUUUCUGAAAAAUCUGAGCGUACCCGGCGACACUCCCUCUGCUGGCCACCUCAAUUCCGUGAAUUCCGCCGUCACCGCGAGGCCCCUGCGAGCUGUCUACACCUGGACCAGGAGCGUCCCUCAGGACGCCUCGCAGUUGGACCAGGGACGAUUCGCCGUGCCCUUCCAGCAUGGCGUCGCCCUGAACAACCCUAGGAUGGACCAAACCACCGAUUCCACCGUUCCGCAGCAGGCUGAGUCGUUGCGACUUGCACGGAGACCGUCUACGCCCACCUCAUCCUCCGGUACAGACGCAGACCCCGGGGACCCGGACUCCUCCACCUGCUCGUUCCUAGACGCGUUCUACGACUCCAAGUGCACCAACAUCACCGCCAUCGGCCCCAGCUGCCUGGUGGACAUCAGCUCCGAUCCCUACGACCUGGAGUCGUCCGACGUAGCCGAAUCCCCCCUGGAAAAGAAGGAGGACCUAGAGUGCGCCGCGCCGUCCACAAAGGACGCCACCAUCACGCCGAAUUAUUUAAUGAUUAACAAGCAGAACUACUUCGAGCACGACGAGAGCUUGGGGAUAUUGACGCCGGACCAGAUGAUCGAUUUCUCGAUUGCCAUGGAGUCCCUUAGGACGUCAUCUUGCGAAAAUCUCCCCGGUAUCGGGAACACCCAUGCGAGGACCAUCCGGGCAGUGAGAUCGGAGACACCUGCUGUUACGAGAACACCUUCCCAGGUCGCCGUCUCUAAGAGGUCGCUGAGGUCGCCGAUGCCGCCUAGGUCGCCGAUGCCGCCUAGGUCGUCGAUACCGCCUAGGUCGUCGAUACCGCCUAGGACGCCGAUAUCGCCUAGGUCGCCGAUAUCGCCUAGGUCGCCGAUACCGCCUAGGUCGCCGAUAUCGCGUAGGUCGCCGAUACCGCCUAGGUCGCCGAUAUCGGCGAACCAGACAAGACAGGGGAGGCGGACAGAAGCGUUUCCGCGAACUUCGCCACUUCCGUCACCGGUAUUACGAACCUAGAGGCGGGGUACCAGGGCGACGGCGAGAACUCCAGGCCCGCGAGGUCUACCCGCGGAACUCGUCGAACCGGCCCCAGUAUCCGCGGAUGUCCCCGCGAUCUGCAGCCCGAGAGCGACGCCGACGCCCAGAAGGAGAUCGGCAAGGCCCAGGUGAUCGACGGCACCCUCUUCUGCGCACCCGGGGGUCGCAGGUGUCCCAGCUUCAUCGGCGAGAUGAUAGACUCCAGCGGGAUUUACUCGGACCUGGACGAGCGGCAGGACGAGCGAGUCCAGGAAGACGGACUCCUGGUGCAGGAAAAAUCUCGCAAGAAAGGAGAUACCAAAGAUUCCGUCUCGCGGAAGAGCCCACCCUCGCCAUCCAUAAUUUCCUGUAUAGAAUACGAUGUGUCAACUUAGGCAUUGGCUAGUCACAUAGAAGAUAGCGAAAACAAACAAUCUUUAUUUGUCCUUUAAGACGUUAAGUUAAAUAAACGUGCCAUUACUUUGAAAA